CCAGAUUAAUCGGACCUGGACAAAAAGAGACGUUCCUGGAUUGAACAGCAUGGUGAAAAGUAGAAGCAGCCUCAUACAACAUGGACACAGUGACUUGAGCAGUCCUCGGUGUGAAAUAACGAAGUCUCCACACAGGAAGAGAGACCACAAUGGGGUCCACUGUCUUUCCAUUUCAAAUGAUUUCAGGGAAGGCUCGCCUGUGAACCAUCCCAAACUGAAGAAUUCUGAGUGGAGGCUUGUUCAAGCACAACACAAGAUGAGGGAAUUGGCCAUCAACAUCCGUAUGAAAGAAGAAUUGAUCAAAGAACUCGUCAAAACAGGACGAGACGCCCAGGCGAUGAACAAGCAGUACUCUCUGAAGAUUAGAGAGCUGGAACAAGAGGCGGAGCAGGAAAGGGUGGAGCUGAGAGAGGCUCAGAAACAGCUGCGGGACCUUGAGGAGAAAGAACCCAGGGACCCAAUGGAAAGGACCAAGCUCCAGGAGUACCAUAAAAAAGUUGUUGCAGCUCAGAGCAAAGUGCAGGCCCUAAGUCAGAAGAAGCGGGAUACGGAGCGACUUGUAUCACUGUCAUCGCAGAGCGAGCGGCGGAUCCAUGAGAUGGAGAGAAACGUGCAACUGAUGAAGCAGCAACAGGCACUACUGCAAAAGAAACUGAAAGAGGAAAUGGAUCAGAAAAGGCGAUUUGAAACUGAGAUGCACAAAGGAAAACAUCGAGUGAAGGAACUUGAAAUAAAACAUGAACAGCAACAAAAGAUUCUUAAGAUUAAAACUGAAGAGAUUGCAGCCUUUCAAAGGAAGAGGAGGAGUGGCAGCAAUGGGUCUGUAAUCAGCCUUGAAGAGCAACAGAAAAUUGAAGAGCAGAAAAGGUGGUUGGACCUGGAAAUUGAGAAAGUUCUGGAGCAACGAAAGGCACUUGAUGACCUGGAGGAGGAGCUGAACAAACGAGAGACCAUUGUAGAAAAGAAGGAAGCCUUGCUCCAGGAGAAGAGUGGUCUGGAGAGCAAGAGGCUGCGAUCCAGUCAGGCUCUGACCAAUGACAUUGUGAGAGUGUCAAGCCGCAUUGAAUCUCUGGAAAAGGAGCUGUCUGAGAAAAAUGGGCAGUUGCGUAAUGGCAGUGCCAAUGACCAACAGGAAAUCCGGGAGGAGAUUUCCAACCUGCGGCAUGAGAAGGAUCAGAUGAUGAAACAGCGCACUGAACUGGAUGAGAAGUUACGGAUGGGAAACCUGCUGUCUGCAGAGGAAGAAAGAAUCCUUUUCCAGCUGGAUGAAGCUAUUGAGGCACUUGAUGCUGCCAUUGAGUACAAGAACGAGACAAUCACGCGUCGGCAGAGGGUGCUGCGUGCCUCUGCCAGCAUGCUGUCCCAGUGUGAAAUGAACCUGAUGGCAAAGUUGAGCUACCUCUCAGCAUCCGAAACCAGAGCGCUGCUCUGCAAGUACUUUGACAAGGUAGUAACACUCCGAGAAGAAGAACGUAAGAUGCAGCUGGCAUUCAUGGAGUUGGAGAUGAGAGCAGAGGAGCAGCAGAAACUCGUUUACUGGCUGGAGGCAGCAGUGGAGCGUCAGCAACUUGAGACAGAUCGUCGCCUCACCCUCCAGCAGAAGGAACAUGAGCGCAACCUCCAAGUCCUGCUGCAGCACUGCCAAGGACAAGUGGAUGAAGGAAUUGCUGGGAGUCAGAAGCAGUAUGAGGGUUGGAUCCAAAUGCUGGAAAAGGAGCUUGCUUGGUACAAACAAGCCAAUCAUGAGUUGAACCUGAAGCUGAAAGACCUGUCCACUUACCUUUUGAAUCAUCCGGCAGAACAGAACAAACGUCUUGGAACUGUCAGUAGAUCUCAGCCAACUAUUGACCAAGUGCCCCCAGCAGCUGGAAGAGAAGAAAAUGGGAACAACAUUCCAUCAGAGCAAUCGUAUGUCACAUCAGUUGCUCCUGAACGGAUCACCAAAUCGAAAGAGGAACUCCGAGAUUUGGUUCACGUGCCUUUGCCACCUACAUGGCGGAGAUCUUCACUGCCAACAGACGACCAGACUGGUUUGGAAGAACUGGAACAUUUGUGUAAUAGGGUGGUGCAACCUCUAGAGGGUGCCAUGCACUGGAGUAUUACACCUGGACAGAAACCCCAGAAAACACUCAGAAACACAAAUCUCAAUGCAAGCAUUACUUAUUUCAAUCCUGGGAUCAUUGAUGUCCGGAAGAAUCCAGUGGGGUAGCUGAACAUUGGAUGCCACAUAUUGUAUAGGAAUGCUAGAGGUCAGAUAUUCAUUGUACAGUUAAGAAAACACAAUACUUUGAGGGAAAGCAAUUUGGUUCCACAAGUUUUCUACACAGCAGCUAAAAUAUAAAAGGUAACAGUUUUAAAAAAAAGUGCUGAAGCUUUGAUGAAUUGGGCAAUAAUAGAGUAAAUGUACUUCAAUUUACUUUUUUUAAAAAAAAAUCUGUCUUAAGAAUAACAAUGAGAUUCAUGAUUAUAGAAUCAUCAGCAGAAUUAGAACAAAAUGAGGGAUCAGAGAUCCUAGUCCUGGGGAGCUGAAUCAUUGCUCGAUCUUGCACAAUGAGGGACCAUUUCUUAGGUUAGGUUGAACUGUUCUCAUCUGGGUUUCCUUUAAAAAUAAUGCUAUUUAAUUUGCUUGUGGACAUUCUUGUGCUCUUUGUUUCUAUAUUUUCUGCAUGGUGGUUUGUAUUUAGUGAGGAACAGAUGGAAUUGUAAAAUUUGUCACUUUGCUGUUUAAACCUCAUUUAACACUAUUUUGGUGUAGAAACCUUUUUCAUUAUCUUAAGUACCUCAUCCCAGUUUAGAAACUGGUCAUUUUCAUAUGCCAAAAGUUGGUCCAAAAUUCUGCUAAAACUAUCACUUUUUGUUUAAUGUUCAAAUGGGGCAUUCAGUAAGAAACAAAUUAGGUGCCUACAUUAGGCAUUGAUUCUGAAGUCGUAGCUGGUUGGACAAUUGCUUGGCCAUGGAGCUGAGUCUCCAGCAUGAUAGGUCAGUCAAUAUUCUGUAGAGGAAGAGUUUACAACUUGAUUUCCUAAUGGUUUUCAAACUAACAAAGGAGAAAUUCAGUUAUGUAAGGACAGGCUGGUCCACUAAAUUCGAGUUUGGUCUUUUUCCUGGACACAAACAUUCUUGGAUUGUCAUUGACAAUAAUGGUCUAUUGAAAUCAGUCUAGGUUCUUAAUCUGGUCACUGCAUGCCAAUGAAUAAAACUUUGGCAAUCUUACAGAGACAUCAGGAAAGCUGUUUCUAGAACUUGAAAAACACUGUACUUUUGCAUUAGAGGCAGUCUUCUGAAUUAAGACUGACACUCAUUGUUAAGGUGCACGUAAUUUUAUUCUGCAUCUCAGUGAUUCCAAAGUUGGAGUGAAGGGGACAGGGUCAGGUGGAAUGUGCAAGGAUAGGCACAGGUGGCACCAAAGAUUAUAGGGAGGCCUUAAUUUAGUUAGAAAGUUUUCAGCAAAGGGACAAAUAAAUAAAAAUAAUACUUGCAACAUUGGCUGCCCCAAUAAUAGGGCUGCCAGCAAUUCCCACAACAGCUCCAGCUACUUAAAAGGAGCAGUUAAGGACAUCAUCAGACAUUUAUAAGGGGGGAUGUUUGAAGAACAGCGACAUACUUUACCAAGUAUGAACAAGUGAGACUUUCAUUGAAAAAGGUUGGAGCUACUGCCAAGAGUGCUUGAUGGAACAGUGUAUAGCAUGUAGCCUUUGAAUGUCACAUAGCUGAGAACACUACUGAGCAAAUAAGUAGGAGUUUCCUGUUUUAUAUUUCAAACAUUUUCUAUUUUAACUUUUCUGCUUUUUGUACUGUUUUGUACUUUUUAAAAAAUUCAUACUGUACAACAGUUCCAAAUGAGCAGCCUUUUUUUGAAUAGAAAUACAAUCUGUUUCUUUAUUGUUGUCUAGUGCUGUUGUUACUACUUCCAGAUAAGAAGUCUCCUUGGUUGAUUUGAAAACAAUUUGUGUAAAUUCUCAUAUUGAUGAAGUAGCAGUGCAUAUGUUUGCUUUAAAACAUCACUUGUACUGUACUCAAACAGCUGCACUUUUUACAUACUGUAUAUUCUUGCACAGAUUCAGUGCCAAUAUAUAUUCAUACAAUUAUAUUGUACCAUGGCACAUUUUCACAUGUGGUCCAGGGUGUUUCUAUUGCAUAACUCUAUACAUUUUGGAAGGUGGGGAGGGAGAAUGGAGACAUUGGUGUAACACAGUCUUACUGGUACUCUGUAUGCACUACCUCUUAAUCUGUAAGGCAUGUUGGGUUAGUGUAGGGGGUGGGGACUUACUGUUGUUGUGGAGAAAAAGACUCAUUCACUCAUGCCUCUUGGGUUAAACAGAUGUGUUUAUUCAACUGAUCUUUCACUUUACAAAGGGAGAGAGAGGCCCAUUCACCUUACUGGUGUGAUCCAUAUACCUGUUCUCUGAUUUAACAAAGCAUGGCAUAUUUGUACACAGCUAGGGAUUAAGUAUUGCAUCUUCAAUGCACAGAUGUUCGGUCAUCACUUCUUGACCAACUCAAGAUGAGAAGGCAAAUGACCAAUUGCUUCUGACAUCACCUUAGAGUGAAAUCAAGUGCCUCGUAGAUCCUUGAUCUGCGUCUGGAAGCCUCGUGCCUAAAGCAUCCCUUUGUUCAAUUAAGAUAAUAGUUAUCAUUAUAUGAUACUCAGAGCAGGCCUGAUGUGUCCAAUUAUCACACUCUUACAGACCUAACGUGUCCCUUAUCUCAUGCUUUGUUGAACAAUCAGCUAUCUUUAUUAGUCGUAUGUAUAUCGAAACGCACAGUGAAAUACAUCUUGCGUAGAGUGCUCGCCUGUAUUUACUUGAUACGUCAUCCCAGUAUUGAUGCUUUAUACUCAGCCAAUGUGCCCUAUUUCAAAUCCUUGUCCUAGUCCAGGCCACUGGUUACCAUGGAGAUAAGCAUGGGGGCUACUGCUCAAAUGUGCUACCUGGCAUAUUUAUUGAUGUAUUUAUUCAUGGUAUAUUUGCAUAUUUGUUCAUGGUAUUUAUUCAUAUAUCUCUGUGAAAGUGGUAUGACUUUUCUGUAGUUUGAGGUGAUGAAUAAUAUAGGCAGUGAGUUGUGCUAUCCUGUGCAACUUCGGAAGAUCUCUUAGGUUUGAGGACAAGACUAACAUGGGCAUCAUUACCUGCUGUGACCAUUGUGGCUUCCUACAUUGCUUCCCAAAUAGGACUAGAAGGUGCUUGUGUGCU